GCCACCGGGUAGUGAGUGUGACUACAUACUGAAAGUCGUCCUCCUUCGUCCACGUUCUCUUGCCACAAAUGUUACAACCUUAAAUAAAUAAUACAAUGGAAAGAUUACUCCGCGGCGAAUUUUAAUGAAUAUUCGUGAUUUGAACUGUGUUUCUGUCAAUGUAUUAUAUCGUGGAGUUCCCUCUUAUUCCUCCCCUCAAAACACAGCACUGACUUUCUAUCCGUGCUGUCCAUGUUUUCUUGUCUUCCGCCGUGGCAGGAGCAUGUGGAAUACAGUGUGGUGUUUCAGUAUGACCUCUCCUUACUUCCAAAAUAUGAAAGUUGUUACACGGAGAGGUGAGAGAUUUACCCGCUGCACAGCUCCUGCAUCUUUGCUAUCCAGACGAAUGGACGCGGAUGCCAUUUCCUCAGUGGCCGUGAAGGUAGAAGAGGAACAAACACCCUUCUUGUCAACAGUAGAUCGUAGUCAGGACCUCCUCCGGUUGGCCACUACUCAACCAAAACUAGAAGCUGAUGCUCUGUCUGUAGCUUCACAUGGAGGCAGACGGAGACAGAUCAAAGUCGAAUAUGAUGAAGGUGGGUCCACGGCAAACAUGGAGCAGUGGGAACCUCUUGAUUGGAAGAAACAGUUAAGACACAUUCGUGAGAUGAGGAGCAGCCGUGAUGCACCUGUGGAUAACAUGGGAGCAGAGAAGUGCUAUGACACAAAGGCUCCACCUAAUGUGAGACGCUUUCAGAUUUUGGUGUCCCUGAUGCUUUCCAGUCAGACCAAAGACCAGGUAACAGCAGCUGCCAUGCAAAAGCUGCGGGCUCAUGGCUGCACUGCAGAAAAACUCUUGUCUACUGAUGAUGAAACUCUGGGAAAGCUCAUCUACCCAGUCGGCUUCUGGAGGAACAAAGUGAAAUUUCUGAAGAAGACCGCAGCUAUGCUUGUGAAUGAUUACGGAGGGGACAUCCCAGACAGCGUGGAAGGGCUUGUCCGCCUGCCAGGGGUUGGACCCAAGAUGGCUCACCUAGCCAUGGAUAUUGCCUGGGACCAGGUGUCUGGUAUAGGCGUUGACACACAUGUGCAUCGGAUCUCAAACAGGCUAGGCUGGCUCAAGAAGCCCACUAAGAACCCAGAGGCAACACGGCAAGCCCUGCAGGAUUGGUUACCUCGGGAUCUAUGGAGUGAGAUUAACUGGCUGCUAGUGGGUUUUGGACAGCAGGUUUGCCUUCCAACCAAUCCGCUCUGCUCCAUGUGUUUGAACCAGCAUAGUUGUCCAUCCGCUCACCAAAGCUCACCUUCAAAGCGGCUUAUAGUUCGAUCCCCGCUAUCUCCGGAUCCAGCCUCCUCUCUUCAAACAAAAACUGAAUCAGGACAAGAAACUGUUGUUAAAGAAGAGCCACAGACUGUUAAUCCCACCUCACUGAGAAGGAAACUGAAAAGAAAGAUUAAACACUGAUUUAAAAUUUCUCUUGGAUGAUAUUUUAAAACAUGCAAGUAUUUUAAGUGGUUUACUCAUGAAAAAACUUUUAGGGCUUACUUUCUAAACAAGCACUUGGCCAAAUUGUGUUGGCAAAGUUAAUAUUUGUUAUUAUAAAAUCAUGUUUUUCCACCUCCACCUAGUUUAUAGCACAAUUUAUACUUAGGCAAGUGCUUUAUAGCUAUGAAAAUAGGAUCACAUCUAGGGAUGUCCCAGUUGCAUACUUUUACACUCUAUUCACCUGAUUUUGAGAAUCUGCCAAUACCGAGCCCCGAUUUGAUACCAAAAAAAAAGUAUAAUUUCAGCAAAAGUUUCAAACAUGUUACUGUACUGCACUGUUUACAGUAAUUCCUCUUCUGCCUUUUUCGGGAGUAUUGCAGAAUAUAAAAGAUUUUUUUGUUUGUUUGUUUGUUUGUUUGUUUGUUUGUUUGUUUUGGCAAUUCCAUCGUGUUCCUGGAUUAUUUUGUUAAUUUUUAGCCCUUAAAAAUAUUUUUAAAAAAUAUACUAGUAUAUUUUUUAAUUAAAAACCCGAUCCCUUUCACCCGAUUCCGAUCCUAUGAAAUAUGGCCCGAUUUCUAUCACGUGAUCAGAUCAGGGACAUCCCCUUUCAGAUACUUUGUGCUAUGCAUUCUUAUUUGUUAUAGUUGGGAUAACAUGUUCAUAUUUUUGUGUUAGUGUUCUAAUUAUGUAAAACCACAGAAAAAGCUUAGGGUGAGGCAGACUGAAAUCUGCCUUCACACUGCAAACAUCUUGUCAUCUUUUUGCCCGAUAAUUGUUUGAUAUCUCGUGUCAGGUGACAAUGUUACUUAUUGUGUUCACUGUGCUGAAAUCAUUGUUAUUUCUAUGCAAGUAGCUCAUGGAACAAUGUCUUAAAACCAUCCAUUUGAACUGUGAGGGAUGUGCAGCAAAUGUAUUGAACAUCUAGCACCGUGAGUGGCAGCCAACGAGAUAAAAAAAAAAAGUGUUCUUCCUCUGGCCAGGCUGCACCCUCCCAUUAAUUAGUUUAUCACUAGUAGACAACCAAGCCAUUUGAAGUGGGAGGGUGUCAGGCAGCAAAUGAACGAAUGAGCAUUUGUACAUUCUCUGCCAGUCCACCCACUUCAAAUGGAUUGAAGGUCUACUGCCGUUAAUGGCAGUCAAUGAGUUAAGCAGUGUCUGACCAAGCUGUGAAUGCAAUUACUUUUACUUUUUUUUUUUUUUUUUUUUUUUAAACAUGGUAUCGGUACAGUAUUUGCCACCAGCGAUACCACAUAGCCAGGAAAACGAGCGUAGGUUUGGUCUCUGUUAUAUCGUCUUGGAAGGGACGAUAUAACAGCAUAACCUGCAUGUACAGUUUUUGCUGGGGAUGGGACAUUAAUAAGACCAAACAGAUUGGGUGAACGGUAGUCUGCUACAUUUCUCACCAAUAAGAACCUAAUUAAUUGAUAGGCUAAAUGAUUAAUGCAAAAAUACAUCUGUAUUGACAUACUUUCACACUGCAAAUUUACAGUUUAACGUCUUAAUCUGAUAAUUUUUCUUAGAUCUAGUCGAAUGAUUUACUCCAUCUUCUUUUGAGUGUUAAAGACUAACAGAUUCAUGUGUCAGAUUCUUCUAAUAGUAAAUAUUACUAUUUGUUACUAUUUGUUCUUAUUAAGCCCAUACAUCUAAAAGUCAGUCAUUUUUCACCUGAAUCAAGAAAUUUUUUUUUAAAAAAUAAUAAUGUUUUAAACAAUCUAAUUAUUCUUGCAGUAAGAACAUUCUAUUCUUGCAUUAAGAACAUUUCUGACAUUUUUUCUAAGAUUACAUAUACAAACAUUUUGCUUAAAGUAUGUUUAUUUUCAGUGAGCUAUUUUUCUUAUUUCAAGAAAUCUGAGUAACAUUUACUUGAAGCACUGGCAGAUAAUUUCACUUAAUUCUUGUAGAUUUACACUGAUAAGAAGAAUUAUUAUUUAUUAAUUUUUUUUACAGUUUUAAGGAGGUGGGUUUUUGCAGUGCAUAUGUAUUGGUUCAGGUGAUACACCGUUCGAUUCAAACCUUUGUUUUCAAAAACUACUAAAGAAACAUUUUUGAAAACUUCCAGAAUAAAGGUCCUGAUUUUAUUAGCAAAUUUAAGUUUCAUUAUUUGACCACAAAUUAUAUUAACAUACACAAGAAAUACAAACUUUUUAAUCAUCUAUCAAGUA